AUGAACCACUUUCCAGAAUCCUGGGGUCGACCCAGAAAUGACAUCUAUGGACCCUACAACCCCUCUUUCCUACAGACCACUGGCCCGAAAGCCCACACUCAGUCCCCCGCCGUGACCGGGACGUCAGUGGUUGCGGUCAAGUUCAACGGAGGCGUCGCGAUUGCGGCCGACAACCUGGCAUCGUACGGGUCCCUCGCUCGGUUCACCGAUGUUAAACGACUUCGAACCUUUGGUGAUUCCGCUGUGGUCGGAUUUGGUGGUGACGUGUCUGAUAUGCAAUACAUCGACCGUCUCCUAGGAUCCAUUGAUAUAAAAGAGAAUUAUUCGGCUCAUGGCAACCUGCUCAACGCAAAGAACCUCCACACCUAUUUGUCGAAGGUCUUCUAUAAGCGCCGUUCUGAAUUCAACCCGCUUUGGAAUCACGUCCUGGUUGCAGGCUUCGAUGGGAAUGGACAGCCUUUCCUCAGCUCAGCAGACCUGCUUGGAACUACUUAUUCAGCCCCUCAUCUGGCGACCGGCUUCGGUGCUCACCUCGCCGUCCCAAUUCUUCGUCGACUGUUCCCGGAGGAGAAACCCAUCGAAGAAGUCAGCAAGGAGCAGGCAGUGGCAGCUCUGAAGGAGUGUAUCAAAGUUUUGUGGUAUCGGGAUGCGCGGAGUCUCGACAGUUACUCGAUAGCAGUGAUUUCGAAGGAUGGCAUUGAGGUGAAGGAGGAUGAGAAGCUUGAAGCCCAAAGCUGGGCAUUUGCUGAGUCGAUCAGGGGAUAUGGUGCUCAAACUGUCUAG